UUCUAUCUUAUACCAUUUACUCACAAACGAUUUUUUUUUAUCCUAUUGCUUUCAGGAGCACACACCAUCGGCGUUGCAAGUUGUUUCGUGAUCACCGAUAGACUAUACAACUUCACGGGGAGAAGCGAUACCGACCCGGCCCUGGAUCCAACCUUUGCCUCCGAACUAAAGAAGAAAUGCAAGCCUGGUGGCGGCGGCCCAGUUCUUGAGCUGGACCAAGGAAGUUCCACGGUUUCUGAUGCACAUUUCUACAAAGCUGUGAGGCAGAACAGAGGUCUCCUUAUCUCUGAUGCAGCACUUCUUGAUGAUCAUGUAACUCGAGCUUAUGUCAAACGCCAGUCCAAGUCUGCUGCUGGGGCAACUUUUGGUAGGGAUUUUGGUAAAUCAAUGGAGAAGAUGGGUAGGAUUGGUGUCCUCACAGGAAGCGAAGGGGAGAUUAGGCAACGUUGUGCUUUGGUGAACUGA